GGUGUGGAUCCUGGAGCCCCAUUGGGGCAGCCUCCUCCCCACCCCCGCCGGCUCCGCCCUCGCCCUCAGCCGCCCGGCCGGGCAGACUCCUCUGGCUCGGUGCGCACAGGAGCCGCCGCCUGCGCAGGGAGCCAGGGUGCAGGGAGUGUCCCAAGAACCAAUGAGGUUCCCUGCCUCCCUGUGCUGCCUGCCAUGCUGUCCUUGACCUUCCUCCUCCUGGUUACCAGGAUGCUCUGGCCCAUCCUCCCGGCCACCGCCCAGAGUGCUCAGGAUGGAAGAGCUGGGGACCUUCCUUGUGGAGAGGAGUGUGCCGACUGCGCACUCCUGGCCCAGGAGCUGGGGACGCCGAGGCGGGCCCCAGGGGACACGGAGGCAGCCUUGCACAGGGCCACCACUUCCCAACACUCAGACUGGGACAACCCCUCCUGCACCGAAGGCGUGGUUUCCGUGUCGAGGGGUGAGAGGGCCGUGAUGUCCUGCAACAUCUCCAACCCCUUCUUGGGCGUCACCGUCUACCUGAUUGCCCUUGGGGAGGAUUCCCAGCCCCUCUUCAGGGUGACGCCCCCAGGCUGCUUCUGCCGGGGCGAGUGGCAGCUGCAGGUCUGCGGAGGUGUGGCACAGCUGGUGAUUCCGAAGGCGAGCGAUGCCCAGGCUGGGUGUUACAAGUGGCAUCUCCAAGGUCUGCAGAGGAAUAUUAAAGUCACCACAUUGAACGUUUUAGCAUCAGGCGCAGAGGCCCAGGACCUGAACCAGACAGGAGUCCUACCCCUCACCUCUUCCUGCGGCCCGCAGAUGCCGUGCCCGGGGUGGGCCGAACGCCAGUUCCAGGUGGUGCUCGUGGUCACCGGUGUCAGUGUCGCCCUCGCCAUCCUGGUGGUCACCGUGUUAGCCUGGCGCCAACGGCACAGUCCCCUGUACUUGAAGCCCCCAGGGGUCUGAGGCCACCGGCACCGAAACUCACCCCCCAGCAACGGAGCCCCGCGUGUCCCACACCCAUCUGGUUGACAGAAGCCCGUGCACCUCACAGAGGUGGCAGACAGGCGCAGGCCCCCCAUCCCUGUCUGCUGGCCCGGGACACCUGCUCGGCCCUACGGCCCAGGGGCCAGCUCCCUUCCCCGGGCGGAGGGUGGCCCCAGGUCGCUUCUCUGGCUCCCCACCCCAGCCGCAGGCUCUUCCCCACCUGGGCCCCCGGCAGCUCUCUGGGCUCCCCGACUCUGUGGUCAAAGAUGGGAAAAAUCUCAAGCUCUAAAACAUUCGACCUCAGAGGACCUCUCCCUCCUCUGCCCCAUCAGGGCCGGUGGGGUGGGGUUGGGGGUGUACUUCCGGCCUCGGGUGCACAAGGGGCGGCUGCAGCCUCGGAGGCACCCCGCUUUGGGUCUCAGGUUGAUCUUGGGCACACCCCUGUCUUUGACCAGGAGCCAGAACAGCUUUGGGGGACCGUCCUGCCGGCAGUCCUGGGGUCAAGCUGAGGGCAUAGAGGCCUGAGGUGGGGAGCCAGCCCCGCCUCCACCACUAGGGGGCUCGCCAGUGGGGGCUGGCGACAGGUGACGGCUCUGCCUGACGGCUCUGCCGUAGCACACGGCUCCCCCCUUCUCUCCCCCCCAGCCACAGGGCCCCUCCCCCACCGCCCCUCUGCUGACCCUUCCCCACCCCAAACCCCUUUAUGUCAGAUGUCUUUCUGAUCGCAACUGUAUGACUCCAUUCAGUGUGUUCUUAAGAGGGACAUACAGGCUUUUUCUAAAGUACACGUUCAGUGCUUUGGAAAACACCCAUAACACCAAUCCUUCAGAUGAAUAAAACAAACCAAUCGAGAAACCAUGAAA